AUGACUACAAACAAUUCAACACACUCGCACAGGGUAGCAGAAAUCAAUCGUAUCAUACGACUUAGAUCGGAUUCGUCGGAUGACAAAACAUACCACCUAUCUGGCGGCGCAAUAUCCGGAGUAGUAGUUGUGUCCUUUGCAGCAGUGAUAAUAGUGCUGCUUUUUAUAUUCAGGAAGCAGGUUGUUAUUUGCUGCACCCGCAGGAAGCAGCCUGUCGCCGACGAGGAGCAGACAUUACCUCCACCCACGUAUGCUCCUUCGCAAUCGCAGUCUGCGCUACAUGAUGCGCCUUACAAGAAUGGCUCAGCCUGGCAAGCCUCCGAAAUGUCGUCCGAACAAAAUGCUAUUCACGAAAUUGGGCAGCCUGCGCCGCACGAGCUUGGGUCGCUGGAUAUUAAGCCUGAGGGACAUGGACGUGUAAUCCAUGAGUUAAACUAA